AGACCGUCCUGGAGACCGCGGGACGCCAUCACCCGACCAGCGAGAGAGUCACCCGUGCAAAACAAAAAAACAAAAGAAUAAAAAAAAACUGAUAACCGUGGCGGGCGGCGGCGUCUGGUUUGAGUAAAUAGUAUACCGUUGUGAGUACCUGCCCUGCACCUUCCCUCCGCCUUACUCUAGUGGCUGUAACACUUGGUUCACUGUACUGAGGGAGACCAGGCCAGGCAGAGUCACGGAGGUAAGGAGUGCAGGAGUCCACCGGCAUGGCUACAGAAUCCAUCAAGUCCCCCGUGAGGCCUCCCCCGGGCCCGCACCCCGUGGCUACAGCCCUGAGGAUGUCGUUGCCCACCAACUACCGCCAAGUGGCCAUGAUGGGACCCACACCCACUCCAGGACCCACACAUGUUUACAUGCCCGCGUCACCUAUGAUGAGCAACAUUCUAAAAGGGUACCCCACAGACCGCCUUGCCCGUGCCCCCUCAACCCCAUCUUCCUCCUCCAAGGGUGUCGGGGAAGCCAACGUGCCCAGCCCCUUCUCCACACCAGUGCACGGCAACCCCUCCUUCAACCCACAGAAAAUGGGAACCGGCAAGGGAGGACACAGUGGAGAGGGGCGCAUUCCCAAACCCCCAAAGGCCCCUGACAAGCCCCUGAUGCCCUACAUGAGGUACUCCCGUAAGGUGUGGGACCAGGUCAAGGCCGCCAACAAUGACCUCAAGCUGUGGGAGAUCGGCAAGAUUAUCGGGUCAAUGUGGCGUGACCUUCCCGAGGCAGACAAGCAAGACUAUGUUGACGAGUAUGAGGCGGAGAAGGCUGAGUACACUAAGGCACUAGAGGCUUACCACAGUAGCCCAGCUUACCAACAGUACCUGGCUGCGAAGAACAAAGCAGGAUCAGCCGCAUUGGAAGAGAAGGAGAUCCUGGAGCGGUCGUCGUCGGCAGCCACCACGGGCACCAAGCUGGACCGUCGCAUUGACAUCCAGCCAGCCGAGGAUGAGGACGGUAAGGACUAUGACGAUGGCCUGAGCGUCAAGCAUGUGUCGCACGCUCGCUACCUCCGCAAUCAUCGUCUCAUCAAUGAAAUCUUCUCCGACACUGUGGUGCCUGAUGUGAGAAGUGUGGUCACCAGCCAGCGCCUCUCUGUCCUCCGCCGACAAGUCCAGUCCCUUACUAUGCAUCAGAAGAAGCUGGAGACUGAAUUACAACAGAUAGAGGAGAAGUUCGAAGCCAAGAAACGGAAAUUUGUGGAGGCCGGCGACAGCUUCCAGUCUGAGCUGAAGAAAGUAAAGGCAAUGGCCCCCAAACUGGAUGAGACUUCCUUUACACUAAUGGUGGAGAGACAGAAGGAGGUACUGCGGCGCGAGGCUGAGGAACGGCAACGCACCGCCCAGGGCCUGCCCCCCGCCCCACCUCCACCUCCUCCCCCCAGACCACAGCCCCCGCCACACCAGCCCAGCCAAGGGAGGAGGGCACCGAGGCAGCUGGCCCAGUGCCCCUCAACACCGCCACACCUGUUGAAGCCACACCCUCACCUGCCCUCCCUCAGGAAGGGAGUGAAUCAAACGCAGAAGCAGAGAGCAGCAAGCAGGAAGCUGUCCCGAGCACCACACCAGCCGCCAACACCACCACCACCACCACCACCUCCUCCUCCACCACCACCUCCUCCUCCACCGCCACCACCUCAACCACAUCAGCCUCCAUCACCACCACCACCACCACCGCCACCGCCGCCCCCCCAAGCACCUCCACUCCAGCAGUGA